AUGUUGAACCAUACUAAGUUUGCUUCCCGGGCUCUCUUGAGGUCGGGUUGUUUGAGAUCAGCUCAAACAGCCCAACUGUCGCGUGCUCGCCGGUACCAUGACUUUGCCCAGAGCAAGUUCUUCAAGGUAUCAGAGGAAGUGCGUGAUGCCAUUGCUACAGGAAAGCCAGUGGUAUCACUGGAGACAACAAUCUAUACACAUGGUUUCCCAUAUCCCGAUAAUGUUGCACUGGCUACAAUGCUGGAGUCCGUUGUUAGAGCCAACGGUGGUGUACCUGCAACUAUAGGAAUCGUCAACGGCGUGGCUAAGGUUGGUUUGAGUGGGAAUGAGCUUAUCGAAUUGGCCUCCACAGCUGAAAAGAAGAGUGCUUUGAAAGUAUCUCGGAGAGAUCUGGGCUACAUUUGUGGCAUGGGGCUGGUUGGUAAGCCAAUGCAUGGAGGCACAACCAUCUCUGGCACUAUGAUUCUCUCGGAGCUAGCUGGCAUCAAAAUCUUCGGUACCGGAGGGCUAGGUGGUGUGCAUCGUGGAGCAGAGAACUCGAUGGACAUCUCUGCCGAUCUCACUGAGCUGGGUCGUACUCCCGUGACGGUCAUCAGUUCUGGAUGCAAGAGCUUUUUAGACAUCCCUCGGACGCUUGAAUAUCUCGAGACUGAGGGUGUUUGCGUUGGUACAUUUGCCGAUGGCCGCGAAGGCUCGGUUGAUUUCCCAGCUUUCUUCACUCGAGACAGUGGAUUCCGCAGCCCUCGAACCAUCCAAGAUGAAGCCGAAGCUGCUGCAAUCGUUUAUGCGCAAUCCAAACUUCCGGUCAAAUCUGGAAUUCACUUUGCCAGCCCUGUCCCCUUGGAGUCCUCCGUCCCAAAGGCUGAGAUGGAUGUUGUGAUCGAAGAGGCCAUCCGUCUUUCACACGUAGAAGGGUUCCAUGGCAGUGAUAACACCCCGUUCGUGUUGGCCAAGAUCAAGGAACUGAGUGGCGGGAAGAGCGUAGUCGCUAACCGAGCUCUGAUCGAGUCGAAUGUCAAGCGUGCAACCCGAGUAGCCGUGGAACUUGCCAAGCUUGAACAAGCUGACCUGCCAGCAGGGUCUCGUCACAUGCCAGCAAUUCCAAGUGUAGCUUCGCACAGUCAAGCCACUUCACAAGUGCAAGAUACACCUGAACCGGUUUCAAAUGGACCAGCUGCAUCGGCAGAAAAGGCAGAUAUCUUGGUUGCCGGCUCCCUCGCUAUUGACCUGUCCUGUGACUAUACUCCCUUCGGAGACGAGCGCACGCAGGUCGCACCAGUACCGCACACAUCUAACCCAGCGGUCAUUGGACAGAGCCUUGGUGGUGUCGGGCACAACGUCGCUGUUGCGGCCAGCUAUGUCGGUAGCGAAGUUCUGUUCUGCAGUGUUGUGGCAGACGAUCUCAGCGGGCGCGCGGCGCUCUCAGCCCUCGAAAAAGAAGGCCUCAGCACGGCAGGCAUUAAAGUCUUGCCGGCUACCACUGGCACCCGCACUGCGCAAUACAUUGCCAUCAAUGACAUUAAGAAAGAUCUCUUGGUAGCCAUGGCCGAUAUGGGAAUUGUCGAGCUACCAGAAGCACAGCUUGACUUUGACGGGUUCUGGGAGCCUCUCAUGGAGCGUACAAAGCCUCGCUGGGUGGUCGUUGACGCCAAUUGGCGACCCGAGGUUUUGGCCAAAUGGAGCAAGCUGGCGAAACAGCACGGCGCUCGUGUGGCCUUUGAGCCAGUCUCAACGGCCAAGUCACGACGUCUCUUUGGUGGUGAUGCCAACGCUUCGGAGGCGGCCAUCGGUCCAAACCAGACUGUGCCCAAUAAUGCCAUCAGCCUUGCCUGUCCAAACCGGCUUGAGCUGACCGCUAUGUACACUGCUGCUCGAGAAGCGCUGCUCUUUGAAUCAACGGGCUGGUGGCACGUCAUUGAUUCAAUGAAUCUCUCUCCGGCCGGUUCGCGCCAGCGACUCGUUGCGCUAACUUCACCCGAACUUGUUGACGAAGGCAUUCCCCAACAGACUCUGCAACUCCUCCCCUUCAUUCCCUGCAUUGUCACAAAGCUCGGUGGUGCUGGCGCCCUCGUCACUCAACUUCUGCCACCUGGUGAUCCUCGUCUCACAGACCCAGAAUCUGCGCCAUAUGUCAUUUCCCGUGUGCCGCCCAAUACAGACGUGCCAUUUGGUGGUGUUUAUAUGCGCCUCUUCUCGCCUGCGAGCAUACUCGGCGAGGACGACAUCGUUAGCGUCAAUGCGGCAGGUGACACACUGCUAGGUGUCUUGGUAGCUGGCUUGGCUAAGCAGGGCAGGUCAGCACGUAUUGAGGACAUUGUUCCAAUUGCUCAAGAGGCAAGUCGAAAGACCUUAGCCAGCGCUGGAGGUGUAAGCAAGGACCUUGUUGAGCUACAGCCCGCUUUGGAUCUGCAAUAA